CGAAAAUCAGGGCACUGCAAGCCAAGUCUUCCACCGACUCACAUGUCUACCAGAACUCCGUUGUUCCACAGUCCUGUCAGCGCCUGGAGUCCUGAUUCUCUUGUAAAGGAUGCUCGUAGCAAAAUCGACAAUGAACUGGUUGCUCUGCACGUCGCGGAGCUUCAGUGGAAAACGCGUCGAAACGCGCUCUCAAGGGUCUGUGCUCUCCCAUCCGAGCUCCUUUCCCUCAUAUUUCUCCUCUACCGUGAAGACCAUAUCAACUUCUCCGGUCUUUAUAAUUGUCAACUGUCAUGGAUCAGAGUCACUCAUAUCUGUCGCCACUUGCGAGAUGUCGCGCUCUCGUGUCCGGCAUUAUGGGCUAGGUUGACUUACAAAUCCCUUCCGUUGACCGAGGAAAUGAUCAAGAGGUCCGGAACAGCUCCCCUAUAUGUGUCGGUGCGCUUGACGUACAUGGAUGCUGGUACUAGUGUUUUGGCUUAUGAACGAGCUCUCGACGAAAUUUCUCGCACGCGCGAGCUCCGCUUGCAUAUCUCGAGGCAAACCGCUGAAUAUAUCACAGGGCGACUCACCACCGCUGCACCGUUGCUCAGGUCUUUAACCAUUACCACUGGGCAAACCACCACUUACGUGCCUCUGCCAGGGCGGAACCACCCGCUUAUGGUGCCAAACAACUUCUUGGGCGGCAGCACGCCGUCUCUACGUGAGCUCAAGGUACAUAAUUGCGACAUUCCUUGGAACCUUCCCAUCUUCGCAGAACUGACAGUGCUUGACCUCGCCCAUAUCUCGGCAAAGCCAACCUAUCGUCAGCUGUUGAGCAUUCUGAGAAGUGCUCCAGCCCUGAAGAAGCUGUCUCUCGAAGAGACUUUACCAACGUCAGGCGUAGAAGGGGACCCUGUCCACCUUCCACACUUACAACAACUCCACGUUUCCGACUCACCCACUCACUGCGCUGACUUCCUAGCACGAGUCACAUUCCCCGGCACAACAUCGAUAAACCUCUGUUGCACUGCUCGUGAUGGUAGUGAUUAUUCUUCGAUCGGUCCAUUCUUGGCACAAAGAUGUGUUUCAUCGCCGGAUUCUGGAGGCACCUACGAGACACUUCAAAUUUGGAGUAGUGGCAAUUUCGGGGACAACGUGAAGUUUGCGUUCCGCACAUGCAACUUGAAGAGCAAGUUUUUGUUUCCUGACCCAUACAAUUCGACGACAGGGUGGCGCCUUCUUGUCGAGUUGAAGUCAUCCGUGGUUUUAAUGCCCAUGGCCAGCGCCUUUACUUCCAUGUUCGCUCAGAUAGCCUCAACGAACAUCGUCGGUAUUCAAAUCAAAGGACUGUAUCAGGUGCCGGUGACUCUAUUGCGCUGCAUUCUCGCUCGUGCACCAAAAACUCGUGCGCUGGACAUUGAUUGUACGGAUCCUGAAACAGUACAAAACCUUAUUUCGGUGUUGCAACCGCAACCUCGAACACGUACACGGGACUCGGGCUCCAUCUCGGCCCCUUCCUCCCCUAUGCAAGCUCAACUCCGUCAUCUCCAAUUGCUAAAUCUCAGCAAUGUUGAAUUUGGGGAUGGGUACCAGGAACACUCAGGAAUGCACGCCAAUGUCACGCUUGGCGCACUGUGUGAUUUUUUCAUCGCACGUGUCAACGCCGACGCAGGCCUAUCAAAAUUUAUACUCCGUAACUGCUUCAACUUUUACCGGGCGGACGCCUUGGGCCUGCAGGAGGUUGUCCCAUACGUGAUCUGGGAUGGUAUUGAACAGGAACCUCAUGAGGACGAAGAUGAAGACGAAGAUGAAGACGAAGAUGAAGACGAAGAUAGAGACUCAAUGGACUACUCUGAAGACGAAUACUACAACCCUUACUAUGGAUAUCAUUGACGCGUACUUCUGAAUCAUUAGACAUAUUUUCUUGAAUAUUUUACGAGGAUUUUCUCAUAGCUUCCAAGUUGGCUUAUCUGUGGUGCCGCUCCGAGCCU